ACAAGUCCCGCUGCGCAAAGCCCCUCCGCACCGGGAGAGCCACUGACCUGCUGGGCAAGCGCGAGCCGCAGCGAAAGAUGGCCCGCAACCUCUCGAUAAUAAUCUUGGAGACGCUCUUCACGGCGCUCUGCGUGGUUCUGGUAUUAGUGAACCUGAAGUACAACCACGGCUGCGGCGGCUACGAUCCGGGCUCCGCGACGUCGCGGCGCGUCGCGCUGGAGCGCCGCCUCGAGGCCAUGGAGGUCGAGGCCCGGGAGAACGCGGCGCUCCUGCACGAGGUCAUCAUGGGCCUGGAAGACCGCUUCGGCAUCACGAAAAUGAUGGAUCUGCGGGAGCUAAAGAAGGAGUGCCACGCGGAAGCGGCGGCCAUCGUGGCGCACCUCGCCGAGGACCACGCGCCGCCGAUGCCCGUCUUCGGCGACAGCAGUCCGGAUGAAGGUUCCACGACCUUCGGCGACGACGUCUACAAGGACGACGUCUUGGCCGAGGGCGGCGGCGACGACCGCUACGGCGAGACGAGCGCCGAAGAAAGUCCAGAAGACGACCGCGUCGUCGACCUGCCGCCGACGGAGGAACGGCGCGAGGCUUGUAGAAAGUGGCGGACCGACCACGCGGUCUCGCCGGGCGUAUCCUGGGGCACGCUGCCCGCGGACCUGCAGCGGACGUGGCGGGACUACGACUGCGACAUCUUCCUCCAGGACGCGGUCCAGGGCAUGCUCGCUAACGAGGGGGAGCACGCGGAGCGGCGGGAGAGCCUCGACGCCAAGGCCGCGAGCCGCCUCGACGACGACUUCUUCGACGACAAGGGCGACGACGAGGUCGUCGGAGACAUAAGUAGCAUAUCCUAA